CCCUUGACUUUUGCAUUGGGAAGGUGUCUGUCUCACUCACUCCCUCUCACACACACCACCCCUGCCUCUCUCUCCCUCUCCCUCUCUCUCUCGUGCUCUCGACUGAUUGACUGGUUGAUUGAAGCUUCUGGCGCCGAGAUCACAUUGCACGUUGAGUUGAGAAAUGCUUGAGUGCCUUCGUUUCAAGUCUGUGUUGAUGGAAAUGCUGACCUAGUGUUUCGUGAGUGAUUCGUGAGUUCUGUGUUGACUUUGUUGUGUUUUGUCGCUGGAACGUUGGACUCAGAAAGGUGAAUUUUAAAGAAAGUUGCUUUGAAUGUUGUUGAUUUGUUUGGUUUCUCGUGCGUGAAGAUUGAGUGAAAAGUUGUUGUUUUGAUAUCGUGGUUUGGAAAAUGUGGAAGUAAAGGCUGACAUUUGCAAAGACAAGAAAUUGAAAGAAGAGACGGUGAUUGUUGUUGUGAAAAAAGUAUUAGACAAGUGUAAAUGUUGUGAAUACUAAAACAAUUACUCCAAAUUUAUGUGGAAGAAAAGAUAACGUUUACACUUCUGAAAAUAAACAGAGACACUUUCAUUACAAAACCGUAGAUAUUUAUAUAAAAAAAACUAAAAAAAUAUAUACGUACAAACACUAAAAUUACCCAGUACAACAUAAACAAUCCUAAAAACACACACGCACAAAAAGCAACUGCGAAUCUGCUACAUCCAAACACACCAAUUGCAAAAAUCCUAAAAACAAAACACACACACACAAAAAUAAAUAAAUCAAAUAAAUAAAUAAAUGAAAAUCAGCAGUGAAUUUACCCAACACAACACACCAGUCACUCAAACGAUACAACCAUACACUACUGAGAACGAGAAGAAGAAUUACUGAAAACUCGUCUUGACAUUUAAAUAUCAGGAAAGCAUCAUGUGUCGUGUGGUAUCUUCAGGGCUUUUAAGCGGCGAGGCGUGCGUGCGUGUGUUGGUGUGAGCAUUUCUGUGUGAGUGUUUAUGUGUGUCCAUGUAUGUUUAUGUGUAUGUGUGUCUGUGUGGCCUUGCAAUCACACCACCGCCGUCACUACUUAGCGUUCAUUGCUUUGGUUGGGACGAGUGUUUGAUGUCGUGACACUUGAUGGAACGACUUGAUUAGCGAGUGGUAACAGUAAUAUUGACAGUAAUAGUAAUAGUAAUAAUGAUGAUGAUGAUGAUGGUGAUGGUGAUGAGAUACUGAAGCGUUGAGGAAAAGAAGCACAAGUAAUACACUUAACAAAGAAGGAAGGAAAUAUUGAAGAGGAAAAAGACAGAAAGAAGGAAAAACAUUUAAGAAGAGGGAAAAGAAAUUUAACGUAUAAAAAAGGAAGAAAAAUUAAACAUCAACAACAAUAACAACAACAAAACUGAGGAAAAAAAAAUAAACAGCCUUUACGUAACAAGAAAGCAAUUUAAAAGAUCAAACAACAACAACAACAACAAGGCAGAAAAAAAAAUUAGUGUUUACGUAAGAAGAAAGCUAUUUAAAGAAGCUCAAGCGAGAACAAGAACAAGAACAAGGAUAACAAGGACAGGGAAAGUUAUCUGGCGUGUGCGUAACAAGAAAACUAUUUGAGGCUACGUAACAUUUGAGAGGGGAAAAAAAUUGGUGUGUGCGAGACGGGAGAGGGAAAAGAGGAAAGAAAAAAGGGGAAAAAUCUAAACAGGAAAUGCCAUCUUCGCUUUACAUAAUUUUGGUGGCGGCGUGGGCGUGGGUGUACAGUGCCAGAGGUGAGGAGUGCCACAUGUGUCGGCUGGCCCCGUGUCGUAAGGUGACGGGGCUGUUCACACGCUCGAGGCUUCCCGUGGGCUACAACUUGAUCGCCAGAGUGCCGCCCAGGACAUGCAAUCUUACUGUCACCGAACUCCAGCCUUCUAAUAACUACCUGGCGAUAAGGACGGACCACGGGUAUAUAAUCAACGGCAACUGGGCCAUCCUUCCCCCGGGGCGGUACAUGGGGGCCGGCACAGGGUUCUUCUACAGCCGCCCACGCACGCCCGGGGAGGUUGGGGAGGUGAUCCAGGCCCCGGGACCCCUCACCGUGCCCGUGGAUAUCAUGCUGAUCCACCAGUCGACCAACACUGGGGUGAAAUACGAGUACUGGCACCCAAUAGUUCACCCCGACAUAACCCCAGCAACUGUCCAGGGCCGCACCCCACCACGCUCCUCCUCCCCCCUCCGCCACGUCCUCCCCGCCUACCAAGCCAGACCAGGAGGGGACGGGGGAGCAGUAGACACCCGCCCCCUGACCCCCGCCCUUCCCUUGGGUGGGCGGGGUGACGGGGGUGACCGGGGGGAGACAACGGGGCCAUCUUGGAGAGUGUGGAAAUUCACCCCUUGCUCCAAAACCUGCGGUGGAGGCCAGCAGCAGACAGUUUACAUCUGCACAAGUCCCACCGGAGCAAUUCUCUCAGAUGACGUGUGUGAGUCGCCCAAACCACCGGCCCAGACUGUGCACUGCAACCCACGCCCCUGCCCGCCCUCGUGGCAGCUCGGGGAGUGGUCCCAGUGCUCGGUGACAUGUGGGUCAGGGGUCAUGACGAGGACCUGGGCGUGUGUUCAGGAGGUCACGCCCACCCUAACCCGCUCCGUGCCGCCCGCCGCCUGCCCCGGACCCCUGCGAGCCCCUGCCGUGCCCCUGAUCCAGCCCUGCACCAUGGCCCCGUGCACCAAGUGGGAGGUCACCGCAUGGACCCAGUGCUCGGUGGAAUGCGGCACGGGGCUCAAGACGCGGCAGGUGACGUGCAGGGCUGACGGGAGGCGCGUGGGGGCCGAGGAGUGCAACAUCCAGGAGAAGCCGCCCUCCCAGCAGCUGUGCCACGCCCACUCUUGCGCCCACCACACCUGGUUCUACACUGACUGGUCUGAGGAGUGCUUCGGCGGGUGUGAGGAUGGAGUGCAGAGACGCCGCGUGUGGUGUCUGCCGGGGGUCAACUCAGUGGAAGGGGAGUGUGACCUGACCCAGCGCCCCCCGGACACCCGCCCCUGUCCCCUACCCAACGCCUGCGCCGCCGCCUGGUUCACUGGGCCCUGGUCACCUUGCUCUGAUGAAUGCGGCAACGGAACUCGCUCCCGUGAAGUGGUGUGUGUGGUGUUCCUAAGGGGCACCUUCCGGGCCACACUGGAUAUUGAAUGCGACGCCACAGCCAAACCCAACGACACCCAAUCCUGCAACCCAGACCCGUGCCCGCCCCACUGGUACUACACUGACUGGUCUCCGUGUUCGAGGACCUGCGGGCGUGGCACCAAGACGAGGGCGGUGCAGUGCCUCGACCAGCACCAGCAGUUGUCCUCGCGUUGCAGCAUUGCCGACAAGCCGCUCACAGCUCGCCCUUGUGUGGAGAAACCCUGCAACAAACCCAGCGAUCGAAGUUGUGUGGACCGCUUCAGAAACUGUCUCCUGGUCCAGCAGGCUCGUCUCUGCCGCUACUCCUACUACCGCUCCGUCUGCUGCGCCUCCUGCUUCCAACAGUAGAGGGAACGCCCGUCUCUCACCCUCCUCCUUCUCUUCCUCCUCCUCCUCCUCCUCAUCCUCCUCCAAUUCUUCUUCUUUUUCCUCCUCCUCUUCCUCCUGUAUCUCUUUUUUUUCCUCCCUUUUCUUG